AUGUUGCAUCACAGCUUGCAGUGGCGGAGUUCGAUACCACUCGCUUCCGAGACCUGCAGAAGGUGUUGCAGAGGGCCUCGCGGCUUCAAAGCUUCAUCGUCGAGGCUCGGCCUGGGCCUACAGGGGUUUCUAUGGCACCAAGUGGCCAGAAAAUGGAGGAGCCCGGGCUCUUCCAGGUAUCUUUGCCUUCGUAAAGCCGAGAGCAAAAGUGCGAGGCUCUUCGUCGAUGGGGAUACGCAUAGCAUUGCCGAAGUGAAGGAAGCCAUAGGGAUGCUGCGGAAAAAGGGUCUUGAUGUCUGGACCACUGUCUAUGCAGUGCCCAGAAGAGCAGAGAACAAGAAGUGGGCAGAGUUCUUCAACGGAGCGGCUACCUCUUUCUGCCCCGUCCCGCGGAGGGAAGACCUGGGUGAAGCCAAUGACGAACAAAUGAUGGCAGAUUUGAGGCUUUUGGCAUGCUCGACCGCCAGGAGUGCAACAAGUGCAAGGCUUGCAAUCGCACUGCUUACCUCCGACACUGACUUCUUGGAGACAGUUGCCUUUGCCACUGGAUUGGGCAUUGACGCGAUGGUUCUCAUCCCGCACAGGCAUGUGAAUACCACUCAAGCCUACAGAAGCCAAGGGUUUCAGGUGAUGCCCAUCCUACAACGGGAGCUUUGCAGCCCGAAAGUGCGUGCUAUACUGCACGGGGACGGAAGUGGCAGCGUGCGGAUCGGCAACCCAUGUAGUUUCGGGGACUACGAAGAGGAGGCAGAGGGCAUCAAGCCCCUCCUGCAAGACCUGGGUUACUGCCAGCCUUCCCCAGGUCCUCGGGAGGCCAGGCCCUUCUUAGGCCAUGCUGCCGCCAAGUUCUGGUUCAACGAAGGCCUCGGUGAUAUUGAGGUUUUCCCAGCACCAUUGGCCAUAGCUACAUUGCACCAGUUGGUUCAGAGCCAGGGGGUCAAGGGCAUGAAGAGUGAAAAGUGGCAGCAGUAUCACGAUAACUUGGCGUUUGUCCUCCCAUGCGCUGCAAGAAGAGGCGGAUCGAAGGCGUCUGCGAUGAGAAUCUAUGGGAGCCUGAGAGAUCGUCAGAUUUACCAGGGGGGAGGACCCUUCAUACUGCGAACUUCGGAGGAUUUGGUGCCCCGAGUGCUGCAGAGGCUAGGGUAUUUCGACGAUGAUCUGAAUGGAAGCUUAGCAGAAGCCAUCUUGGUUUUUGUGAACACAAACUACAACAAGGGAACUCUGAGGAAGAUGGACCUUCUGCCCAAGGUUUCGGAUUCUGCAGACCUGGCUGCCAAGAAGUUGCACAAGGCCUUCACGUCCACGGCGUCCCCCGGCAUCUGGCAGGUCGUACCAAGCGAUCGCUUCCUUCGCCAGCUUCUGCAGAAGCGUGGGCUCACGGAGAGCCUCGACGCCAAGCCGGAGGAACUGAUGAAGGCUAUGCAAAGAUAUGUAGAAGAUGCCCAGCUGCCAAGAAUGGAGUCCUACAACGGCUAUGCCUUCCGAAUCAAGCAGAGCUUGCAAGAGCUGAGCUCUGACCCAUCGAGAACCGGAGUCAUUGAGUUCGAGCUGCACGAAAGAUGCGGGUUUAGGGUUUAA